ACCAGGCAGACGUUAAUAUUUCUGUUAAAGGAAAUAGCCCUUAGCUAACUGCGGCUACCAUUAACGAUGUGGAUUAAGUUCGACAGAACUCAUUAAAAAUUCUGUUUUUAGAAGAAAAAAUGGGAUAGACUAAAAACCUAAAUGCUUACAAAGCGUACAAAAAAAAAGGAAAUGAAUGUGGAGCGGUGGUUCAGGAAAAAAUGGCUUAGCUAACUGCUAGCUAGCUAGCUCCUCUGAGAAGACGUUUUCUUUCAGAAGUUUCCAAGAAAAGACUUUCAGGAUCUAAAGCAACUUUCUGAGAGGAUUACUAAACAUGAAAGGACAACGCAUUCAUUUUCGGCUAAACAUAGUGGCGGGUUGACUGAUACAGUUCUGCAGCACAACAGCGAAGCAGCAUGAAGUCAGCGGCAGGGAGCUCUGCUGCUCUCAGAGAGGAGCCCGACGGUCGGCCUCUUCCUCCUGGAUGGAGGAGCUACACCUCCCCCGAGGGACGCCGCUACUACGUCAACAGCUGCAGUAAAGAAACAACAUGGCGACGUCCCUCCUCGUCAGCUGAGUCCCCACAGAGACCGCUGGCACGACAGAGUUCCUCACCAUAUGUCAAUGGAUCCCACAGCAGCACAAAGAGCUGUCAGCCCACAGAGGCUGCUGAUGUUGCUCUGAGGAAACCCUCCAUCAACAAACAGCCCCCCGGCUCCGUUUCACCGGCAAAGAGGCAGAUCAAGGAGGUCAAGGAGACCAAGAUCACCAUCAACUGUGUGACUUUCCCUCUGCCUGGUGAAGGUCCGGAGCAGCAGCUCCUGAAGCCCAACGAAUGGAGCUACUGCGAUUACUUCUGGACCGACAAGAAAGACCCCCAGGGGACCACCUCUGUGGCGGGCUUCGAGGUCCUUCUGCAGAAGCAGCUGAAGGGCAAACAGAUGCAGAAAGAGAUGUCCGAGUUUAUCCACGAGAGGAUAAAGAUUGAAGAAGAAUAUGCCAAGAACCUCUCCAAGCUGUCUCUGAGCCCCCUGGCAGCACAGGAGGAAGGGACUCUGGGAGAGGCCUGGACUCAGCUGAAGAAGAGUCUGCAUGAUGAGGCUGAAGUUCACCUAAAGUUCUCAAACAAGCUCCACACUGAGGUGGAAAAACCACUGCUGACAUUCAGAGGUGACAACUUCAAGAAGGAUCUGAAAAAGUACGACCAUCACAUCGCCGACCUCAGGAAGCAGCUGGCGAGUCGUUACGCAAGUGUGGAGAAGGCCCGUAAAGCCUUGGCAGACAGGCAGAAAGAUCUGGAAGUGAAGACCCAACAGUUGGAGAUCAAACUCAGCAACAAGACAGAGGAGGACAUCAAGAAGGCCCGGCGGAAAUCCACACAAGCAGGAGACGACCUGAUGCGCUGCGUGGAUCUGUACAACCAAACUCAGUGCAAGUGGUUUGAAGAAAUGGUCACCACCAGCAUGGAGCUGGAGAAACUGGAGGUUGAACGUAUCGAGUGGAUUCAGCAGCAUUUACGCCAGUACACGACUCUGCGGCAUGAAACUGACAUGUUCAAUCAGAGUACGGUGGAGCCGGUGGACCAGCUGCUGCAGAACCUGGAUCCAGCCAAAGACAGAGAGCUGUGGGUGAAGGAGAACUACACCGGGGAGGUCCGGCCCGUGGACAUGGACAUUUAGCCCUGACCUGGGAUCAGCCAUUCUGUCGUCAGUAUUAUAACACAUCCACAGAGUCCCAGAACACUUCUGAUAACACUGAUCCAGGGACAGUGCAUGUUCAGGCCGCUGGUCUGCUCAUCCUCUCUCUGACUGAAACGACCGGAGGACAGGUUCAUACUAAACGCCGUCAGGGAACGGUAUCGGAUCAAAGUACCAGCAUGUUCCUUCUAAAUUUUAACCUUCUCAUAAUCAACAUUAGCUUAUUGAAUGCCAUUUAACAUAUUCUGCUGUUUACCUGUUGUAAAGUCGACACUAUUAAAAUAAUAUGUAUUUUGAAUUGUUUAGUUUAGCUUCAAUCUACCCUUUUCACAGUUUGUGUGAACCAAACGAGAAAAAAAAAUGAUAUUACCUUUAUUUUAGAUACGGAUAUUGAAGCAUAUUGAGAUCUUAGACUGAAUAUGAUAUAUUUUCAUAUUUUGCUGGUUCAUUUUGGUGGAAAUGCAUGUUUUGAAUAUCUUGCUUUUUCUGUAUAUGAAGAGCUGCACAAAUUUGUGGAACCAUGAUGGUUGUUUUUCUGGUAUAGUUCAUUGAAUUUACACAAACAUCUUGUAAGUGACAGAAUUUAGGAGCUUUCUUUCACAAAACACACACACACACACAAAAAAAAUACGUGUACAGCGUUAAUAUCCAGUAACCUCAAUUGUUUAAAAAGAAAAACACAUAAAAACUGUGUUUAGGAAUGUGUUUUUGAAUAUGCUCGCCACAAGUCAAAACAUGUGGUCGAUCGGAUUUAGGCCAGGGUCUAUUUUGGAUCAGUCCGGAGGAAAAAGGUGGUCCAAGUUACACUGAAACACCUUUUAGUGCCUAACGGUUAUAUACCUGGAAUGUCCUUGACAUAUUCUACUGCAUCAGUGUACAUUUGUACAUACAGGCUAGAUGUAUUUUGCUGUCAGAUGUUUAAAAAGGCCCGAAGGAUCUUUGAGGCCGCUGAGGUGUUUGUACUGUACAAUGUUGUUUGUUUUAUUUUUGGUAAAUGUACAGAGAAUAUCUUUACGACGGCGGUGGGAAGCAGAAUCCAACAAAUUAAAUAUUUCAAGGCCAUUAACUGUAAAGCCAGCUGACUCAUCCCGGUCGCUCCCAAUUGAAACACAUUUUUCAGAGACUGCAUGAAGAGUAAGUGUCUGUGUUUACAUGUCCGUGUCCGUCUUUGUCUUUACAUUUGGUUUGUUGUUUGUUGUUUGCUCUGGAUUUAUUUGGAAUUUUUUCCGCGGCCGUUAUUUUUUUUAAUUUCUCAAAAAGCACGAAGCCAAUCAAAUCCAGCUAAUCCUAAUCCAGCUGCCGGGCAAGAGAAAAUAACUGCUUUUAAAAAAAGAAAUAUAAAUGCUUACCUGCCGUAUCACCAACAUUGAUAGUGCACUACAUUAUCUUUGUGUUAAAUAAAACAUUCAGACUUUGCUUUAAACCCCAAAAGGCUUAACAGGCACAGGUUUAAUCAGCAUAUCUGUUGUAGAGAUUUUAUCAGUGUGUGUCAAUGUUGUGCACUAAAUGUAAACAAAAAGUUAUUAUGUUCCAACUAAAUGUUCGACAGUUUCAUGACGUAAUGGUUGAGUUUUACUGCCCUUCUGUGAUUAACAUUUUCAUAACGUGCAUUCAAAUCCGAUGUUUUACGAAUGUUUGAUCAUAGGUGACCUCUGUCCAGACGGUGUACUGUGGAAUGCAGUGUCCGAAAUAAAUCUCCUCCUUAAAAAAAACCAUUUAAUAUCACGGUGUGUUGUUAUGUAACUGUACUAGGAGGACGGUAACAUUUGCAUGGUUUAAUCAGCUGUAACUCUUAAAUCUUCAGGUCAGUUUUCAGGCUCUGGAUCCAGUCCAGUCAAGAUUAGAAAGAUAAGUAAGACAGGUGGCCAUCCACUGGUGAGAGAUUCUAUACUUAAUACCUCCUGAUGCAAUAAUUAACUACAUUUCCAUGAAAAUGACAAUAUCUCUCUCCCACACCCACCAACAAAUUGGUUUUUGGUUUCCCCAUAUAUCUCCUGGUACCUCCAAUUCUUACAUAAUCAAGGAAAGUAAACAAGUUUUCUUCAAUCCUUGAUAUUUAUUACCAUCCAUGUGGUAAAAGGCCAGUUUUUUUUAGUGAAAAACACUAUUCUUGUUGCAUAUUCCAUGCUUUAAAUACUAGUAUUUCGUCUAAUCUUUCACACUGACAUCCAUUGUCACAUAAAGCUUGCCUAAGAAUAUUUACUAACUACACAAAAAUGUGUAGCAAUACAUUCUUCCUCAAUGUUUCCAGCCCACAUUGUUCGAACCAGACACUCGAGUAAGGAGUCUGUUUGUCUCAACUGACCUUCACCUCCUAAUCGGAUUGGCUGGUACAGGCGGAUUGUUAACCCGAGCCUAAUUCCUCUCAUAAGGAGCUCCUGUCUCGACUUUCUUGCUAUCAACUUAAUGAAUUCAAGUGUGAACAAACAUUGUUGGUACGCUACCAGACAUAAGAGAGUAAAUUAGUUGUCAGGGGAAAGCUGUAAGUAAGGAUACACGGGUCUAUUCUGCCAUACAAACCCAGAGCAUGUUCAGAAAGUAAAACACAUCCCAAAGUAUGUAGCAGAUAUAUGUUGUAAAAUUGUAUGAUUUUCAUGCCAAUAGAGAUCAUUUUCCUUACAUGAAACCAAUAAAACAAUCUAAAGGGUGUAGAGAAAACACACACAAAAUGUGUUUCCUCUUUAGCUGUCGUGUCCAUUUGAGCUAUAAUUAGCCUAAAUAUAUUAAUAAAUUCAUGUUUAAUUCAACACAAAAAUCUGACUUUGAAUGUGGUUUAAAAAUCUCAUGAAGUCCACAGUUAUUGCUACUGCUGCUAGCUAAGCUAAUUAGCAUUUAGCUGGACCAGUUAAUCUGCUGUUACUAUUUUUCUCCAUUUAUUUUGUUUCUUCUUCAUCUUUAUUGUCAAUUUCGCCUUUGAGAUAAUAAAUAACUUCUUAAAUCAACACAAAAAUGUAAUUGUGUAGUAUAGCAACAUAAAAUUAAGUGAAAUCAAGUCGAAUCAGAGGCCACAGAGACAGCAGUUACUGCUGCCCUGCUAGCUAGGUUAAUUGGUUGCUAGAUUAGCUGGCUACGCUGUUUCUAACUUAUUUUUAUCUGCGUUUUUUCUCUCCAUUAUGUUUUUUUUGUUCUUAAGCAAAUUGUCCAUUAGUACUAAAAUAAUGUUUAAUAAAUCACAAAAAUAUGUCACUUAAAAGUAUCUUUGCAACAUAAAAUAACAAAUCACUUGCUAGUUUAGUUAAUUACAGAAGCAAUGACCUAAGUUUCUAAGUUGUUUUUAUAAUCAUGUUGUUACAGUCUAUAUUAUGUCUCAUCAUUAUGUGAAAUUAUUUAUUUUUUUCACUAUCAUCAGAGGUCUCAGAGACAGCAGUUACUACUACCCUGCUAGUUAGCAUUUAGCCAGACUAGCUUCUGGUGUUUCUUUCUUCAUUAUAUUUUUAGAUUUAGCUGUUGUCUAAUUUAUGUGGUGUAAGAAACUCAAUAACUAGAUGUUAGAGCAUCAAAUUUGAUUAUCCAGUUACAAUUUGAGCAAAUAAGCAAAAAUGUAUUACAACAAAAAUAUAUGUGAUUUAAUGGUAAAUUAGCUUUGGUUAUUGCUAUAUUAGCAAGUACGGUCUCGGCAUUUUGAUCUAUAUUUCUGUUUGCUGGUUCUUAUGUCCUUAGCAUGCUGUUUUUCAAUAUAUAUUACACACAGCAAUAUAUUAGUUUUAUUCUGGUCAAUUUGAACCAAAUAUGUAACUUUUGGCCUCAUAGGGCAGUAUAAUGAUGUUUACGA